AGCCGACCUCCGGGUGCCUGACGCAUGCGCGGUGAGGCCAAGACGACGGCGCGGGGACCUCUCCUUAGGUGUCUACUCUACGGCCUGACGCGGAUCUCAACCUGCGCGCCGCCCUGGCCCGCGGUGACCGACGCGAGCGAGGUGCUGAGGGGACAUCCAGCGCCCUUAGAUUUAUUUUAAAUCCGGCGUCUCCAAGGACAGGUAUUUCCGGGGUCCUCCAUGGGAAGCGGCUCACAAGAGCGAUCGCCGGCCCGCCAGGCCCAGCCCGGGGGCUCCUGGUGGUCCCGGCGCCGCGCUAGGAACCGGUUCCGGGAGGAAGCACAGCACUGGGGCUGAGUGUGCUGUGCAGCCUACUGCCGCUCACCGAGUUGUUUCUGCGUCACGGAAACCCACGCGUGCUGUCCAGGGAAGUGGACGCUCUGAUCGACGCCAGAGGGCCACGCUGGGCGCCCUGGAGCCCAGAAUGAACCGGCCUGAAACUGGGCAGUGUCGUGGGCCGGCCUGUGCUGACCCUUCCACGUCCCCCGGGACGGCAGCCUGCGCCUCCUCGAAGCCCCACUUUCUCUUCCCCAAGUUCUGCAAGGGGGCAUAGAAUAACCACAGGCUUUCUCGCACCUGGGACUGCUGUUCUUUUAGUACAUUCCGGAGGCAAAGAUGCCUGGGAAAAGGCCCCGAAAUGCGACGGCCAUCCCGAGUGCCAAAAGGGAACGGAAAGCAAUUACCCUCGACGUGAAAUUAGAAGUGUUAAGACGGUUUGAAGUGGGUGAAAAGCUCAGCCAGGUCGCAAAGGCGUUAGGCCUUGCUGUCUCUACAGUGGCGACAAUCCGAGAUAACAAAGAAAAAAUCAAAGCGAGUUCACAAAUAGCUACUCCGUUGAGAGCCUCCCGUUUGACUCGCCACCGAAGUGCAGUCAUGGAGACGAUGGAGCGGUUGUUGCAUGUGUGGCUUGAAGACCAGAGCCAGCGAAACGUGCCCCUGAGCGUUACCGUUAUUCAGGAGAAGGCUAAGAGUUUGUUUGAUGACCUACAGCGUGAACAAGGGGAGAGCUCUCAAACAGCAAAGUUCAGUGCAAGUAAAGGGUGGUUUGUGAGAUUCAAGGAACGCCACUGUUUGCCCCACUUCAAGAUGAGCAGCGCGGCUCCUGGUAAGGAGGAUGUAUAUCCAGAAAUCCUGAAAAGCAUCAUCCAAGAAGGUGAGUACACCCCCCAGCAAGUGUUUAAUGUAGAUGAGACAGGGCUUUAUUGGAAAAGAAUGCCUGAAAGAACGUUUAUUUCGGUAGAAGAGAAAGCUGAGCCCGGGUUUAAAUCAUCCAAAGAUCGCUUGAUGCUGCUGCUUGGCGGCAAUGCAGCUGGGGACUUUAAGUUGAAGCCCUUAUUGGUGUACCACUCAGAAAACCCCAAGGCUCUGGAGGGGUACUCCAAGCCCAAUUUGCCUGUGAUUUGGCGUUCCAAUAAAAAGGCCUGGGCAACCAGGAGCAUCUUUCAUGAGUGGUUCACAUACUUUUUUUGCCCUGCCAUUGAAAAAUACUGUGCCCAAAAUAAUCUCACCAACAAAGCACUGCUCAUCUUAGACAAUGCACCAUGCCACCCAGUAAAUUUGAGCGAUCUGUCUGAUAAUGUAAGAGUGGAAUAUCUUCAUGACAAUACGGCUGACUCCAUCCAGCCCAUGGGUCAAGGUGUGGCCUCUACCUUCAAAGCUCAUUACCUGAGAAGGACUUUUGAGCACAUCCUAGAAGCAACAGAUGGGGACGAUACAGCUGAGAUCAGGGAGUUUUGGAGAAAGUACAGCAUCGUGGAUGCCGUGGACAACAUUGCAAUAGCUUGGGAGGAGCUCAGGCCAGCAACAAUGAACAGUGUGUGGAAGAAGAUUUGGCCCGAGUGUGUUCAGUUCCAGAGUGUUUCCCAAACAGACAACAUUGCCCAGGUUCAACAAAAUAUUGUGACCCUUGCCAAGAGUGUGGCCCUUGGAGAGGUGGGAGAAGCUGACGUGGACCAGCUGCUGCAGUCCCACGAGGAGGGUCUCUCAAAUGAGGAGCUGGUGCAGCUGGAGCAGGAACCGGCGGGAGAGGAGGAGGAGGGUGAAGAGGCUGCACCUGCCCUGCGCCAACUAACCACACGGGAGCUGUCAGCAGCCUUCUCACAUUUCGAGGCUGGCUUGCAGGUCCUUACCAGUAACAGCCCUGAUGAUGCGUGGAACCUGAAAGUUUCGAGAGCAAUCAACGAUGCAAUAAGCUGCUAUAGGGACCUGUACAGUGAGAAGGAGUGGCGCUCAAAGCAGCUCUCCUAGGCGACUCGGUGUGUGACCAGACGCGACGGGGUGACCUCCUGGGCGAGGCCCAGCCAAGCCUCUGCUUUCAGGUGUUUAGUAUCCCUGGAAACCCUGCUUCUGGUAUUUUCAUUUUGACACGUAAGAGCAUCAAUUUUGGCAUUAAAAUUUUACCUAAAUAUGUGCUUUAAGAAGAUUGAAUGAAAGAAAAUCCAGGAAAAGUUAUUUAAAACAAACUACAAGGAGACUAUCCCCGGUAGACAUUAAAGCACACUAUAAAACCUCUCUGAUUGAAUCAGGGAGAUAUUCAGACCUGUAGAAUACAAUAGAAAGUCCAGAAAUAGAUACAGAUAGGCUUUUUUUUUUAAUAGUGCAGGACAGCUGGUUAAAAUUUGGCAAAAGAUAGUUAAUUCAUAACUCACAGCAUACACAAGAAUAAACAAACAGAUGAGGGAUCUAAAUGGAAAAACUGAAACCAUGGAAGUACUACAAAACACACGGAUGAAUGUCUUUGACUUGGGUGUUGGGAAGAUUUUCUAGGACUCAAAAUCUAGAGGAAAUUUAAGAUUAAUCAGUUUAACCAUAUGAAAAGGUAACAAAACUUUUCUAUGAGGAUAAAAUACAAGGUCAAAGGCAGAUGACACACUGGAAGAAAAUUUCUUACAGAUAAUGGGCUAAUAUCCCUCAUAAGUGAAGGACUGUUAAAGAUUGAGAAUACCAAAAAUCCAAUAGAAAAGUGGGCAAAACAUAGAAUUCAUAAAUAAGUAAACUAGAUCCUGAAACAUAAGCUUGACCUCAAGAGAAAUGCAAGUGAAAGCUAUACAGAUACCAUUUCUCAUCAUUCAGAUCGGCAAUGAUCAAAAAGUGUGACUGCACAUUCUCUUGGUGUGGCUGUGGCGUUACUGGCACCCUCAUUCAUUGCUGGUGAGAGUGCAGGUUUGCACAUCCCUUACCGAGGGGCAUUGAACACUAGUGAAAAAUAUAUUUCUUUUGAUUUAGCAAUCCCACUUUUAGGAUUAUACCCUAAAGAUACACUGACAACAAAAGAAAAUGUAUGUGCACGGAUUAUUUGUUGCAGCCUUGUUUGUAACUGCAAGAGCUACGGAACAGCCUGAAGAGUCUCGAGUGAAAUAGUCACAUAUAAAAUGGCACCUCCACACGGUGGAAUGUAAGACAGUUGUAAAUGAUGAUAGCUACCAUAAUAGUAGAAUAAGGAAGAACUCAGCUGAUGUGGAGUGGUUUCCAGGAUAUAUUAUUAAUUGAAAAAAAGCAACGUGCAAGAGUAGAGUGUGCUACCUUUUGUGGAAGAAAGAAGGGAAAAUAAAAUACACACGUAUCUUACUCCUGUACGAAAAGAAACACAGGAAGGAGAAACUGGAGACUAAAGAGAUUGGUUAUGGGGGUGGGGGGGAAAUGUAACUUUUGUACCUUUUGGGAAGUUCUGAUUGGGGAACCAUGUUAACAUAUUGCACAAACAAAAGUAAACAAGGGUAGGGAAAUAAAACAGUGGAGUAUAUGAACGGAA